ACAUGACGUCACGCGCCUCAACCCGGAAGUAGCGUCUGUAAACUUUUCCUGGAUCCAGUGCAGGAGUUGCGUUUUAUAUCUGUAAAAAGGAGCAUUUUCAGGCUUUCUAGGCAUGUGUUUCAGAAACUAUUCUUGUUCAUUUUAACGGAGAAGUCUACAUUUGGAGCAUGGAGGAGAGGAAACUGAAACGAAAAAGUCCAAGACCUUCGACCAACCAGGCUGCUCCGCCAGUCACGGCGCGCAAGAACAUCAGCUCCAGCGGCAGGACUUUAGGGUUCACUGGCACCAGCACUGGCACCCACUCAAACCAGAAGACAAAAUUUCGCAGAAAUGUGAGAGAUAAGCCAAAGCUACAGAGUCAACUGAGUAACCAGGACUCCACUAUUCAGCACUCGUUCCUCACAGACGUCUCUGACGUGCAGGAGAUGGAGAAAGGCUUGCUUAGUCUCCUCAAUGACUUUCACUCUGGAAAACUUCAGGCGUUUGGCAACGAGUGUUCCAUUGAUCAAAUGGAGCAUGUUCGAGAGAUGCAGGAGAAACUCGCUCGACUUCACUUCGACCUCAACGCAGAGGUGGACGACGUACCUGCGGACCAGCGCAAGCUCGCCUGCGAUACCAAUAUGGACAAACUUCUACUGAAUCUGGAAGAAUUGAGCUCUUCGAUACAAAAGCUCAACCUCGCUGAUAACCAAGAAGCCCAGAGACCGUCCUCCAACGUGUGAAAUGUUGCGGGUCAGACGCGUCUCAGCCAGUAUUGUUGCGUUUGUGAACGUCUUGAACGGGCUUACUUACACAGUUUGGUCUUAAAUGUCACAUAACCCUCAUCAUUUGUAUUACAUUUCCUGCGACUGUCUUCAGAUUCUGUAUCUUUACUACAUCACAAUAUUUGGAUCUUGCCUUGGAUCUUGAACGAUGCCUUACAGGUGUGCAAUAUGAGAAUGUUUGGAAUAUGCAGAUGACUAUUCACUUUAUUUAAUAACCAUGUUUAUUUUUCUUAUUUUCCUACAUAAAUAUUUUAAGCAUUUUAACUGAACACUGUGUUUUGGCAUUGUUAACAGAGAGGUAUUGGGAGGAGAGUGGGAAGCCUGUUGCUUUUAGUUAAGCCAAGGAGUAUUUGCCUUAAUGCAGAGGAAUGGAUCGUGUGACUCAGAAUGCUUGGGAAAAUAUUAUUGUUUUUAUAACAGUCUAAACUAAAAAAAAUUUUCUUAAUUUAAGUAUUUAAUAUUUUUCUUAAUUAGAUUUUAAUUCUUGUAUAAUUUGGGGAUUUCUAAUGGUUUAUGUGUGUUAGCCUCUAUGUGAUUAAUAAAGUUUAAUUACUUAUGACCUUUGAUCUAAAUAAUAUAAUUUGUAGUAAACAUUCAUCUUCUGUAUGGACAAUUUGCAAUAACAGACAACAAAGUGUUGGCACCCCGGUCCUGAAUAAAUGAACGGAGCCUGUAUUUAUGAACGUGUUUAAACAUAUUUAUAAAUACAGUCUCUGUUUAUUUAUUCAUUAGACUAAUUACAGUGCUGUGGACAGUAUUUGCCCCUUUUUGGAGUUCCAAAGCCUUAGAGAUGACUAGGUUACACUUUCCAGACUGAUCCAUGUCAAUUACUUUGUUUCUCAUCUAUUUCUUUAAAUCGCAGCGAUUUAAAGUGAUUUCCUGAUUCAACACGUCUGACAGUAAUCAGGCAUUCAUUGUUUAGCAGGGGAGUGGGGGCAAUUACUUUUUCACAUAGAGCGAGGCAUGUUUAGAUGUUUUUUUUUC